AUGGGAGUUCCAGACCUGACCUCUUUGAUCGAGGCCAACCCGGAAAUCUACCAGAAAUUCGAGUUCAGUGAGAGUCGGCUGGUGAUCGACGGCUGCAACUUCCUCUACCUGCUGUACUUCGACUCAGGUCUGGACCAGAAUCGUGGUGGGGAGUAUGCUGCAUUUGAGGACCUUGUUGAAAGGUUUGUCAAGGCCCUCAAAGACUGCGGCAUCUCGCCGUACGUGGUGCUGGAUGGGUGCACAAAUCACAAGAAGUAUGAAACACUUCUAUCAAGAUCACUGGAUCGGCUCCAGAAUGCCAAUAAAGCAGCAGUGGAAAGCAGCCAGGAGAAUGUCUUGCCACAGAUGGCCAGUCUGGUGCUCCAACAAACGCUGGCCCGGCUGGAGGUCCCGGUGGCUCAGUGUUAUGGAGAGGCUGACCAGGAGAUCGCUGCCCUGGCCAAGGCGGUUCUCUCCAACGAUAGCGACUUCUUCAUCUUUGACCUCCCAGGGGGGCUGCUGCCCAUUUCUCAUUUCCAUUGGGAAGUGGUGAAGAGGAUUGGCUCACAGAGCUACAUCCCUUCUAAGAUCUACUACUCCUCCAGCUUCUGCAAAGUCUUUGACAUAGAGCCCCAGCUUCUGCCAGCAUUUUCCUCCUUGGCUGUAAAUUUGCAGAGGUUGGAUGCGCUUAGUAGAUGGGCUGAGUUCGAUCCAGCAGUCAACGGGAAAUCACCACAUCGCCUGAAGGGGCUGCUCUGCUGGCUGAAAGACUUCAAGCAACUUGAGGAGGCCUUUGAGGCAGCGUUAGGACUGCUGGGAGAGCUGAGUGAGGAGACAAAGGCAGAGGUGAUGGAGGGCUUAAACUUAGGGAUGGAGGAGUACCAGCUUCCUCCAAGCUCCUUGAAUAGGUUCUUCAUCGAUGGGGUUGCCCCUCCAUUCCCACUCUGGGAAGUCAAACCAGAGAUGGCCGGUUGGGUCUUGUUGCUGUUGACGCAGGCACGGCUGAAUUCAAACGUCCUUCAUGUUCUAUUGUUCAGUAGCAUUAACCUCAGCUGUCCAGUGGAAAGGGCAGACUUUCCCAGUGCUCACCUGACCUCCAGGCCGAUACGCCAGGUGAUAUACAGGCUGCUGCUGGGAGAGACUCUAGUGAAAGAGAAUGACAGAGAAGGCCUCGAGCCGAAAAGCUUCAUAGUCCAACCUGCAGCCAGCGGGGUCCCUCAGGAGCUGGAACUCAAGUCACUGAACAAGGCGGAGCCCUCUGUGCGUCUGCAGGUGUUACUGGAUGCUCUGGGAGUGCCUGAGGCCUGUCUGGAAGGACUGCAGCCUCACCUGCGCCUCCUGGUGGCAGUGAGCUGCUUCUGGCUGCAGAGAGCCGAGCCUAAACCGGACGAGACGCUGCUGAAGGCGCUGCUGCUGGGAGUAAGUCAUGGAGACUCACUGAGACAACGAGCAGCUUUGAAGAGAGAGAAGAAACCCUUCGAACUGCGGCUCGAUGCAGACGCCCUCCACUCCUUCAACCAAUGGCAGGGAUGCCUGAGACAGACCGUCCACCUGAACCAGCUGCUGGGCUUCCCCUUACCUGAACCACAGAUCGCACGGUGAGUUCAAGGACACAGCAA